CACACACACACACACACCUGCUCGGAACCAUGACAGAAGAUGACGGAUACAGUUGUCGCGGAGGGACAAGUCAAGUUUAGAGAUGGGAAAAAGUGGAAGACUCGCUGGGUCGUGCUUCGGAAGCCCUCUCCGGUCGCAGACUGUCUGUCGCUGCUCGUGUAUAAGGAGAAGAAGAAGCGGAAGGGCACUGGCCACAAGGAGAGGCUCAAUGUAACGCUGGAGGGGAUCUGUGGUGUAGAGCCGGGACCCGGCUAUGAUGGCGUGACCUACACUCUCACCAUCCUCUGCCUGGCGAAGGCGCUGGUCCUGGGCUUCAACAGCAAAGAGGCCCUGCUGGCCUGGGACGCCCAUGUCCGCUACAGCCUGGGAGAAGUCCACAGAUUCAGUGUCAACGUCGAACCGGGUACCAAACUGGAAAGUGGCCCCGCCGCCCUCCACCUGUGCAACAACCUAUUGGUCCUCACUAGGGGUCUCCCUCCUGCCGUCAUUGGCCACUGGAAGUUGUCGGCGUUGCGUCGCUAUGGUGCCGUGCCUAACGGCUUCGUGUUUGAGGGGGGGACUCGCUGUGGAUACUGGGCGGGGGUUUUCUUCCUGUCCUGUUCAGAAGGAGAGCAGAUCAGUUUCCUGUUUGACUGCAUCGUCAGGGGUGUCACCCCCAGCAGGGCCCCGCACGGCCUCCGACCAUCUCUGCCAGAUCUGAGUGCAGACCCAGGUUCAGCAGAGGAACGUAUCAGCCAGCAGACGUCAGACCUGGAGAAAAGACUCAGCAUGUUGUCUCAGUGCAGCCUGGCCAGCAGCAGCAGCAGCACAGCCUCAACAUGCAGCUGCAGCACAUCUGUUGCCGGGGACGACCACAGCAGCCUCUCCAGCUCCUCCUCCAGCCAAUCAGACACGAGCUACGGGAGCAGACACUCAUUCUGGGUGGAGCCGCUAGCAAGACUGCACCUGUCCACCGAUACCGUGUCAAGCUCCUCCACCCUGAAAGUGCUGGCCAGUGCAGAUGAUCGGCUUUACGCUGCUGUGAUGGGAGGCUCUGGGACUCGCCCCUCCUCCGCCCAGCUCCAUCCUCGUGGUCUCCAUGACAGCGGGCGGCAGAGCUCAUUGGACAGUGGCAUUGGGACAGGGACGGGCAGUCAGUCGUCUUACUCAGGGAGCUGCUCCUCGUGCACAGGGAGUCUGGACGCGGCCAGUCAAGGAGGAGGGGAGGAGGUUGACUCUGUGGCUAGCCAACCUGCUACAGCUUCACCUCCUUCUGCUCCUCCCCCCUCUCCUCCACCUCCUUCUUCACCUUUUCAGUCCACACUCAUCCCCGACCACAGUGAUGCUAACUGCCCCUGCUCCUCCUGCUCUUUCCCCUCCAGGUCUAGCUCACGUGCAUCUAGUAGGCACAGUGAGGACUACCAGAUCCCCGGCCUGCUCAGACAGAGGUACGACACCCCCAGGAGUCUCCUCCACACCCUGCACCUGAGGGAAACCCCAGCCCAGGGAGCCCCACCUGAGCUGGGCAGGGACAGCAGGAGCGGUGGAGAUAUAGGGGGAAGUCAGGGGAUGAGUGGCAGCACCAUCUCAGGACCGAGCUCGAGGCCUCAGAGUCAGGCCGCGCUGCAGCACCCACACUCCUGGGGAAGUGAAAGGGCGCCCUCUGUGGACAGUGCGGGCAGGUCUACACACAGACCCCUGUUCACACUCGGAGGCCUGCUUUGUGAGGAAACACAGUGCAGUGCAGACAACUACAUUACACCGGAGCAGUGGCGCUCAGCGAGGAAUAGAUGCUUGACCCAGGCUGCCAACCCACCACCAUCAGUCGUCUCACCUGCAGAUGCUCAUCUCUACGUGAGAGAGGAACGUGACGACAGUGCGGACCUGGCUCUAAAGAAGCCGGUCCCCCCACCUCAAGCCUCAGCCUGUGGUAUGUUCCGGUCUCCCUGUGGAGCUCCUCCGUCUGGGACCCUGGACGCUGGGCUCCACAUUGACAGGACGACUAACUAUGUCAACAUCCCCAUCAGUCUCCGGCUGGCUAAAACCACCAGAGAGCUGCUGCACAGUGAGCUGGACUUGCAGGAGUCCAGGUCAGCUCCGGUCUCCAGCCUGCACCGUGGUGUCAAAGGUAACGCUCCGCACCUCUGCUGGUCCAGAGCCUUAAAUGAAGAUUUUAGACUUUAUCUCUGUCCCUCUCUGCCCCCCCACCACAAGACACAGACACGACAUCACGAAAGACGAAAAACCAUUUAUAUAUUCAUAGUUGGUUUUCUUGAUAGGAUGCAGUGACAGGUGCUUAUUCCCCUGCUGACAUCCAUCUCUUUUAUGAGCUUUAUAAAAAACAAGUGUGGAAAUGAAAAUGUGUUUUUGCAGCAACUAGAUUCAACCAAUACAGACACUUAAUGAACAAGGAGAGGAAAUUUAUUCAUAGAAAACUGACGUGAAUUUAUUUUUAUUGCUACUUACUACUGAUUGAUGUGGCAUAAUGAAGACAUUUUCUGGUGGUGAAAAUGAAGCAAUUUAAUAUAGUGACACAGAAUUUAUAGCCGUUUAAACAUAUUACACUUCUCAGGUAAGGAUUUUUAAAUUAGAGUUAACAUCCUAGUUUAAAGCAAUUUACAGAUUCUUUAAAUCAAAGAUGAAUGCUUGAAAGAUAAAUGGAGAACACUAUCAGGUAGGUAAAUGUCCCUUAUUAAAUGGUAUCGGUAAGUGAACAAUAUAUUACAUAGCAUGUGUUUCCUGUUAGUUUAAAGAACAUGUGUCAAACGGCAGAAACAUAUGAAAUAAGUUUCUUCUUCUCUGCCGACCAGAAGAGGGCUCCCUCAGGUACGCCCACCUCGACAUCGCUGCCAUGGGAACGGCUCAGCGAGUGGGGGCGGAGCCUGACCAGAGCAUUGAGGACACACUGACUCAGCAGGAGCACCGGCGGCGAGGCCACCGCGCUGAGUGCAAUGACUGAGUUGAUGACACUUUAAAAACACGUUUUCAUUACUGACUCUCUCCAUCUCUCUGAAUAAGCUUCAUGCUCAAAUGCAGCUGAUCAUCACACUUAAAGACACACACACACAUACACAGAGUUGUACCAGUGUACAGUUGUAUUCCCGCAAACAAUCCAUUCCAAUAUAAAGAAGAAAAUAGGACAUCUCUGGAUAGAUUUUGUAUGCAGUUGCCUCAUGGAUGGGUUUUGUUUAUAUUCUGUAAUUUCUUUUCACUUAUAGAUUUGAAUUUGUUUCCUUUUUAACCUAGAACUUUUUCGUUGGCUGCAUGGCACGUAAGCACACUGUGGCAUCUGUUGAGGAACUUUUUUGCACCUCUUUUAAGAUUCUCUCAGGAUGACUGCCGGUCAAUAUACAACGAACAUUACACCGCGAACGACUGUUUACGACCGAUAUAACAGAAGUGAGACGCUGGUGACAUUUGUUGGAAAUUCUUAUUCUGGAUAGAUCUCGUCGAUUGGGGGCAGGCUGUAUUUGUUGUGUCCUCUCUCAUGGAUUGUUAGCUACUGCCAUUGCUUGAUUUCAUACUAUUUAUCACCAGUUUAGAUCCCACAAUGAGAUCAAGCCCUUCUUCCCAUCGCACUGACACCUGCAAUCAGCUGCUCAGAGUCCCAGCAAGCUCGGCAAUCAUUCCACCUAAGAGCUUAAAAGCAUUCGAUUGAAAUAAGCAGCUUUGAGUUAUAUCUCGGUUGCAAAUUGCAUUAAUCCAGGCCCAUGUGGCCCAAGCAGGACAUGACUGAGUAAUCAGCCAGCCAGUAACAUUAUUCAUCCCUGUAAUCAAUGUCUCUGCUUCUGGUCCAUAAGAGGGCAAGAAUUGAUGAAUGGAAAAGCGCAGUGUGUGUGCUCCAAUUUCUCACCUCCCUCUUGAUAUCAUCAGGACAAAUAGUCCAAUAUUUGAGGGUAAUUCAUAUUUAUGGUGGCAGUUCCUCACCAGUGUCUCUGAGGAGGAGGUGAGGAGAAAGAACACGGGGGAAGAGGCAUUUUUUGUUUUAUUUCAAACCACUGUCUGUCAAUGUCAUUACAAGAAUAACUUUUGUAAAUAGUAGCUGCUUUUAUUUAGUCAAAGACUAUAUGAAUGAUACUGAACUAUAUUUUUUAAUUAUUAUUAUUUGUAUGUUGUUGGCACAUGUAUCUUACUGAACAUUAAAGAUUGCUGUUACAUUU